CUCUCUCCAUUAGGAAAGGACGCGGGAUGACAACUUGCAGAGUUGUACUCCCCGCUGCGUCGAUAAGGAGGAAAUUGCAGAUGCAGCCGAGCGUAAAGAGGAGGAGAAGAGUUGCGGAGGACCGUCCGAGUCGGAGGUGGUGAUCCAGUUUCCACCUGACUUUAUUAUUCUCAUCUCCGCAAAGUCAGAAAAGAGGAUUCCUGCUGCGGCGGGAUAAGACGGCUUCCACACUUCCUCACCUGAAGUGUCCCUUACCUUCCCCGGUGUCUGCUGUCAGAUUGAAGGAAAACCUCUUGACAGACCUGGAAGAGCUUGGCCCGAGGCGAAACCAGAAGCUCAGAUAUAAAGCCGGCUGAAGGACAUUAACCCACUGAGAAGUGGCUGCAUCCACCAUGGAGGUCUUCACGACUUCGAGGAAACUUACUUUGCUCUCAUUUACCUUCCUGUGGGGGCUCUCAGGCGUAUGGGCCCAGCUCCAGAUGCCCCAAACCAGUAUAGAUGUGAUCAAGGGUCAAACGGUGGUGCUGCAGGCCUCAUACAACACAGACCCCGGCAGUGACCUCGGCACCCACACCGUCCUCUGGAACUUCGUCACUGACAGCACCCAGCUGAUCAUCUCCUACACCAAAGGCUUCAUGAGUGUGGGCAGCUCCCAGUUCAAAGGCCGUGUCGGUUUUGCCAACAGCAUGCCCUCAAGCAAUGUGUCGCUGUACAUCAACAACACCCUGGAGUCCGACUCAGGACGCUACCUCUGUCAGGUCAUCAUUCCUGACAACCCUGGUCUCACUGCUGAGCUCAGUGUGGACGUUAAGGUCCCUCCUGCUGUUCCUAAGUGCUCUCUAUCAGGGAAGCCAGUGCUGAAAGGAAACGUGACUCUGAGCUGUAAAUCCAGCUCUGGGAAACCCAUCCCUGUGUACAAGUGGAGGAAAACCAGUCCCACCUCCGAGGUCUUCUUCUCCCCCAUGCUCAAUGAGAAGACUGGCACUCUGAAGUUGAGCAACCUGAGUGGCAACAUGUCAGGGAAGUACGUGUGCACAGCGAGCAACACAGCCGGGUCUGAGAGCUGCUUCAUCAACCUGGACAUCGUCACCUCCACGAAUGUGGGGAUGAUUGUUGGUGCCACGGUGGGCUCCGUGGUCGGCUUCAUCUUCCUCCUCCUCAUCUGCCUCGUCUUCCUGGUGAAGAGGCGGAGAGACAACGAGGAUGACAUGGCAAAUGAAAUCAAGGAGGACGCUCAGGCUCCCAAGCGAGUGUCCUGGGCUAAGAGCGGCAUGGGUUCUGACAUCAUCUCCAAGAAUGGCACCCUGUCCUCCAUCGCUUCCAGCCCACACCACAAAGAUCCGCACCACAACAACCACAACCACCACCACCUGCAGCAGUACCCCCAGCGCCCGCCCUCAGACACCGCGUCCAUCAUCACCGCCACCGGCAGCACGGCCGGCUAUAGACCCUCCCGCCAGCACGGUGCCUCCACCCCCACCCACUACAGCUACAACAACAGCAGCACCCUGCCGCGCGGACAGGCCGUCUCCUCCGAGGCCAGCACCAACGGGAGCUCCCUACCUGGGCCGGAGCGCUACACCCAGCUGCCCCAGGCCCAGGCACUGCCACAGACCUACAGCCAGCCACAGCUGCAGCUCCAGGUCGCUCCCUCACCCCCACCGCUGCCCACCUCCACCAUCACGGCCUCCAACAUCACCCGCAUGGGAGGGGUGCCCAUUAUGGUGCCUGCACAGAACCAGGCUGGGUCUCUGGUCUAACAGCAGCCAGCGCUGACGAGAAACAGUGAAAUACUGCCCCUGUACACUUUUACCAAGGGUCAGCUGCUGAUUUUUUUAAAGGGAACGCUUUACUUCACAACUAUUUAGCAAAGAUUUGUUAUAGAUGAAAAGGUCAAUUACUGCCGCUUGCUUUCAAGCCAACAGACUCACUGUUUACUUGCUUUAAGUAUACUCAAGUCUUUUAUAUUCUGCACUGUAUACAUUGCAAACUAUGUAUAGAUUUUCAUAUAUUUGUUCAGUAUCCUCUUUUGUACUUUAUCAGUGCAAUUCUAAUGUUUGUUUUUUUCAUAUUUAGCUUUUUCGGUGUUUUUUUUUUCCUCCUAUGAGCAGCAGCUAAAACAUCACUGGAGGUUUUCAUGUGGAUUUAAGUCUCACAGAUGGUGAUGCCAGUCCGUCACGCAAUAUCCAUCAUCUGUAUCAAGAAAAACUACCUGAAGGAUGACUCAGCAAGACCAAAAUAUGUUAAAGCACAGUGACCUUACUGUUCAGUGUGUUGAAUGUUGCUCAAGGGUAGCCGGUGUGUAAUAUAUGAAGAUGUAUGUAUUAAGGAGUAUAUUUCUGUUGCAGGCUUAUGAAAAGAAAGAAACGACAACAUAAUGUUUGUGACGUACAUACGAGAAAGUUCAGCACAGCAUGGUUUCCUAAUCUUUAUUUUGGCUUUACUUCUGUCAGGUUUUCAUCUUACAAAAUGCUCUUAGACUCAAUUCUUAAAACACAGAUUAGCAAAAGCUUCUUAUAAUAUUGAGCACUAUUCAGAACUGCAGUUUGGUGACUUUGCUAAUAUGCACGUUCACUCUUGAGUUGUAAUGAUUUACAGUUGCCUACAGCAUUGAAAUUGUAAAUAUGAUAUUUAUUUUGUAGUAAAUAUGUGACAGAGCAUAGAAUAUUGUUGGCCACAACCUGUAGGGAACAUGCUGUAUGACACAGGUGACCAGUUCGCCUGCAACACUGGAUAUUUAGCCAAAGAUAUAGAGUAAUGAGUCUCAUCUUUAUUCAGACUGUUGUCUUUUUGUGUUACAGGUUGUUUUCUAGCGUAGGGGAAAAUAAGUAUGGAAAGCAACAGGACAUUGUGAUUCAUUGUCAAAAACCCCUUCAGACAUACCUUGUUAGUUACACCGCCAAGGAACGGCAGAGGGAUGUGACAAUCGGCGUACGUUUGUCUUUCUGUCUAUGUCUGUUUGCAACAUUACUCAAAAAUGGGUGAAUGGAUUUGGAUAAAAUUUUUUUUUUGGAAAGGUCAGAAAUGACACAAGGACCCAGUGAUUAAAUUUUGGCUUAUAGUCUGGAUCCAUAGAUUUGUUAAAGAAUUCUGUAUCAUUGCAAGAUAGUGGCAUGACGUCAUUGUAACUAAGACUACAGCUGACGAUCACAUGAUUGCGAUCCUACUACAAAUCGACCGCUGCGGACUUGUCAGGACUUAUCCAUCCGAAAUAAUAAAAGGAACAAUUAAUUUAAUUGCGGGGGUGUUUGCAAGUCCCAUCAGUUCCCGCCACCCGCUCUGAUUGCUUUUCUUGUUUUUCAUUUGAUUGUCAGAAACUUUGAGGAAAUGGUGACAAGAAGCUGAUUCCAUUUUCUCUGGCACAAAAACACUAAUGUGAGGAUGUUUUCAAGCCUCAAUGUGCCUAAUUGGUGAUUUUUGUACUAUUUUUUAGUUUGAGGGAAGGUAAGAUACACUAUUCUGCAAAGUUUGGAGAGUCAUUAUGUCUAUUUAAAACAACCACAGAAUAUUGCAUUAAAUAUCUUGUCUUAAUAUUGGUAAACUAUAAUAUAGUAUAUUAUAAAUGAGCACUAGAUUUGGCCCCAAAAAUUGUGUGGGAAAAGGAGUAUAUCUGAGAAUAUCUGCACAUAUUUUGAAUCGUAUCUGUAAAACUCAUUCACUUCUGUAAGAAUGUACCCAAAUAGCUGAAGUGAUCCUACCAUAUGUAUACUGACAGAUUCAGUACCAUAAAUAUGAAAUUUAGUAUCUGUAAAAGUUAAGAACUGAAAUCCAAGUAUUAUUUUGAAUUGUUUGUUUUUCUAAGGAUUUGGAGGGAGGAUAAAACUGGGUCCUGCUAUCUGUUCUGCUGUAUUGUCACUACACUGGAGCUUAAGCUUAUUCUUUGGCUUGUUUCUGUUUUAUUUUCUUUAAUGUGCAAUGAAAUUAUUCCAUAUAUGAUACCAACCAUUCUAAAAUGGAUCAUUUGAUGAUGUUGAAGGGAAACAUACUGUUAAAGCAUCAUGUACAGACCAUUAAUGAAAAUAAGCUUGGCAGGACAGUUAAAGCAAAUCGUAGUUGUAACGUGAAAUAUCAAUGGUUUUGUCGAGUUUUUUAAAAUACUAUUUUAAAAUAAAAUGCUUUUGAUGAGUUGGAUUUAUUUCUGACUAUAAAUUGUGAAUGGGUCCUUUAAAAGUGUACAUUAUGAACAUUAAAAUCUAUUCAAGACAAGCCUUUAUUUUUAUACAGUAAUUCAUAAGGAGCACAGAACAGAAUUUAUAAAUCUUAAAUGUUUAGUGAACUAAAAAAGUGCUCACUAUCAUACUGAGCUGUAAACCUGGAUGGAUUGUACAACUGCUGUGGACUAGCUGGUAGCCAAACAUGUGCUUAUUUAUGCAGAAGGCCCAAACUGUGGACAUUAAUGUGCAGUGUGCGUUUGUAUCCUCCAUAUUUAUGUUCAUGAAAAAUGCCUUGUAUGAUAUUUUCAAUUAAAAUACAAAUGAAUGGU